AUGUAUAACAUGAUGGAGACGGAGAUUAAGUCCCCGCUGCCCCCUCAGCCCAACUCGGGUUCCAAGGGCGGCGGCGGCGGUGGAGGAGCGAGCGAGCAGGAGCGUGUAAAGCGGCCCAUGAACGCCUUCAUGGUAUGGUCGCGGGGCCAGCGUCGAAAGAUGGCCCAGGAGAACCCCAAAAUGCACAACUCCGAGAUCAGCAAGCGCUUGGGCGCCGACUGGAAGCUACUGACGGACGCCGAGAAGCGUCCGUUCAUCGACGAGGCCAAGCGUCUGCGCGCCAUGCAUAUGAAGGAGCACCCGGACUACAAGUACCGACCGCGGCGGAAGACUAAAACUCUCCUGAAGAAAGACAAAUACUCGUUGCCCGGCGGGCUCCUAUCGCCGGGGGGCCCCGCGGUGGCCAGCCCGGUGCAGGUGGGCCAACGGAUGGACGGCUACGCGCACGUGAACGGCUGGAGCAACAGCGCCUACUCGCUGAUGCAGGAGCAGCUGCAGGCCUACCCGCAGCACCACGGCAUGAGCGGGCCGCAGAUCCAGCAGAUGCAUCGAUACGACAUGGCCUCGCUGCAGUACCCAAUGAUGACCUCAGCGCAGAGCUAUAUGAACGCGGCCUCCACCUACAGCAUGGCAGCGGCGGCGGCCUACGGCACGCAGCAGGCGGGCGCCCCCGGAGCCGCCCCGGGUAACCCAAACCCGGCGACCGUGGUGGGUUUGGGCUCCAUGUGCAAGAGCGAGCCCAGUUCUCCGCCUCCCGCCAUCACGUCGCACUCCCAGCGGGCCUGCCUGGGGGAUCUGAGGGACAUGAUCAGCAUGUACCUGCCGCCCGGCGGCGACGGCGCUUGCGCCGACCACUCGGCCCUGCAGGGGGGCCGCUUGCACGGCGUGCACCCGCACUACCAGAGCGCCGCCGCAGGCGUCAACGGGACCCUGCCGCUCACGCACAUCUAA